AUGAAUACAACACUUGAUUUCACUUAUAUUCCCGAUUUAAUGUAUAUUUCAUCUGAAUUAAUAUUGAUAUUUAUCUGUAUCGUGUCUUAUUCAACUCUUCCUUUUUAUAUAUAUGUGCACAAUUUGAACCGACACAGAGAAAAAGAUUUACUAAUUGUUCAACUUUUUUGCCGAAUGGUCAAAUUCUCGUAUUUCAUUUUUAUCAUUGUGGUGGUUUUAUUGUUUCUAAUUAUGUGGCACUGGGACGACUCAUCUCAUCAACUUGCACUCAAUAAUACCGUUAGUGACUACUUUAUUUUCAUCUAUUGUUUUUCAUUUUUUAUUAUAUUUUACAUUCUUCACGUUUUACAACAAACAUUCCACGUCAUAUUAUUUUUAUUGGCAAUAUUAAAUUCUCUCAAAUAUAUUUUUUCGUUUCUUUUCUUGAAUAUACAGAGUUCGGUACAUAAGUAUUUGCCGCAUUUUACUUUAUGUAUUAUUUUAAAGGAUGCUGUGUUUGGCACAGCUUGUGUGCUCAGCUUGGCCAAGUAUUUAAAUGAAGAAGUUUCCGAAUUCUGUAUAGUAUGUUAUAUUAUAUUAUUUGCUUUUCUCAACUUUGUAAUUUCUGUGCUUACUCCAUUCAUUUACAUUCCUAUUAUGAUUGAUAUAAACAAAAAUCAACAUCUACAUUCUCAACAACACAUUUAUCUACAAAAUUACAUUUUUAUUCAGAGCUUUCUGGUGUUAUUUUUUAAAUUGAUCCCUGUGCCAAUUUUUAUUUGGUCCAAAACCACCAGCAUUUUAACGGAAAUGGCAAUGAUUAUAUCAUUGGGGGAUGUUAUCACUACGCCGCUGAUUAUUCAAUUGUCGUAUUUUAGAUGUAAUGUACACGAAGUGAUUGACCUAUACUCGACAUUUGAUCUACACAAGUUUGUAAAAGUUAUAUUUUGUAAAGCGGAUAAUUCUGUGCACCCCAAUGUAGUUCCUAUCGCAUUUUCAAUCACUUAA